GACCAGUCCUUUCAUGUUUUAUCUAAACAUAAAAGUCGAAAAAGCUUUUCAAAUACUCCAAACAGUCCGCUGAAAAGACUAUUCGAAAUGGUAUUAAUCAAGCGUGAAUGCUAUAUUAAUGACUUGUGGGAGCUAGUCGCUUACGAGACAGUGUCCACUCGUCAUAGUGAACGCGAUAAGCUUCAGCGCGCAAUUGACUGGCUUUUAAAGCGCUUGGUGUCUUUAAACGUCGUUGCCUUUAGCGAACAGUUGGGGAUGCAAAUUAUACCUGAUUCUUUUAAAAUCAUACGUAUGCCCAAAGUUAUAAUUGGAGUUCUGAAGAACUGUUCGGAUAAGCCAACGGUUCUAGUUUACGGUAAUCUUGAUGUGGAGGAAGCGGAAUUUGAGGAAGGCUGGGUUACUGACCCGUUCGUAAUGUGUGAACUAGGAAACUAUUUGUAUGGAAGAGGCGUGGCACUCGACAAAGGACCACUUUUAUGCUGGCUCAACGCUAUACAAGCAUAUCGUGAUGCAGGCUUACGAAUUCCCAUAAACAUAGUUCUCCUGAUCGAAAGCAUGGCGCACAGCGGAAGUUUAGGCCUGGAAACAGUUCUACAACAACGUAUUAGUUUUUUUCGUGAUGUAUCCUGUGUUGUUAUUGCGACAAGACGCUGGCAAAGCAAUAUGACACCAUGUAUUGUAUAUGGGUCAAGAGGUUUAAUAUACUAUCAUCUGGAAGUAGAGUGUGCUAAUCGAUCUCUGAGUAGCUGCGAGCAUAGUGGAUCCUUAUACGAGGCGCUUCCCGACUUGUUUUAUUUACUUAGUUCACUGGUUGACUGUCAAAUGCACAUACUAUUUAAGGGUGCGCUCGAAACAUUUCAAAUAGAUAGAAAUGUAUUUCGAAUUACAGAAUUUAACUAUCAUGAUUUUGGACAAAGUCUUGAUGUUCACGAUCUUCCACAUCAGGCUCACAAACAGGCGGCAUUGGCUGAAAACUGGGCCAUGCCACAUAUUUCAAUACAUGGUGUAGAUGGUGCCAAUGUCGAGGGUAAUGUGCGAUUUAUUAUCCCACACAAGGUAACAGGCAAGUUUUCAAUUUCCCUGGCGCCAAAUCAAAAUGCUGAACAGAUAACUCAAGCUUUACAACAGCAUCUUGGUCACAUUUGGGUGAACCGUGGAUCUCCAAAUAAGAUGAAGCUAUAUGAAAAGUUAGUAAUACCCUCCUGGAAUGGUCACUACGACUCACCGGAGUACUCUGCAGCAUCCCGAGCUAUGACAAAUACCUACCAAGUUACUCCCAACUUUAUUCGCGAUGGCGGUGCACUGCUGGCCCCCUCACUUUUCCAACAAUAUUUGAAAAAAAAUGUAUUGGUUUUGCCUAUAGCAAAAAAUGAUAGUGGCGGUUGUCCAAUUAAUGAGCGCAUUAGCGUCGAAAACUAUAUUAUGGGUAGUCAACUUAUGACUGCUUUUAUGUGGGAAUAUGCAGAACGUAUCUUUGAGCUCAAGGACAAAUAGUA